AUGCGGCCGUUCAUGCUUGGUCGGAGAGGCUACAAUCUGAGAGGGGGGAUAGCUUGGCAGAAGGAUAUUAGAGUGGAUAAGCAUUUGUUCCGAGCCUUGGUGCAGUUUUGGAAUUCUGCGUAUAAGUGUUUCACUUUUGGAGAAGUAGAUUUGGUACCUACCAAAGAGGAAUACAUUACGCUGCUUAGAUGUCCAAAGAUUCAGGUCCGGAAGACUUAUGCCCGGGUUUUUAGUAAUCAGGCUUUCGUGAAGAAACUGAUGAGCAUUUCCAGGAUGAGCGAGCCUUGGAUCACUGCUCGGAUUCAGCAAAAAGGAGAUAGCAAAUGUGUCCCUUGGGAGAAUUUACGAGAUUUGAUCUUGACGCAUCCAGAUGAAAGAAAGAGGGUCGAUAUAUUUGCCUUAAGCAUCUACGGAUUAGUGAUCUUUCCUAAGGCUUUGAGGCACGUGGACGAGGCGGCCAUUAACUUGUUUAAUCGUCUUGAAAAGGGAAUCACAUCGGUACCGGCAAUAUUGACAGAAACGUUCAGAUCUUUGAGCUCGUGUCAAAAGACAGGCGAGGGGCGAUUUAUUAGAUGUGUUCAAUUAUUGAUGGUAUGGUUUCAUGGGCACUUUUGGAAGGUAGUCAAGGUUUCCUAUCGAGUCUUUUUUGAAGGUUAUUCCCCUUUAAAAGAAGAGGCAGCUAUACAGAGGAGAGAGGAUAUCUUGGAGGAGAAAUGGAUGGAUAUUUUUCAGAACCUCAAGGAAGAGGAUAUCGAGUGGAGAGCUUAUUGGAUGGUCCCUGACGAGAUCAUGUACCGAUGUGGUAACUUCGAUUGGGUGCCAUUGUUAGGAAUCUGGGAAGCUGCCGGGUAUACUCCACUGUUAGCCUUGAGGCAAUAUAAGUCAAGGCAGUUUGUACCCACGACCUACGGACUUGCUCAAAGUGAAUUCUCGUUUAAAGGUACUCACUAUAAGAAGAGAGUUCAGGAAUUAUCGGAUGCUUAG